GCUCGAGCGCUCAGUCAGAUGUGUGGACAGUCUGUGGUGGAGUCACUACAACCUGCUCACUGCUUCAACCUCCUGAGACACACAAACACACGGAAGGACAAAGCAGACCGUUUUUACACGUCCGUGUCACAAGACAUUGACUUCUGAGAGACAGGAUACUGACAGUUUCGAGCGUGUGAGUUGGGUGAAGAGAAACCUGCUCGGGGAUGAAUCGCUGCACAGCUGCGUUACUUCUGUUGGUCAUUGCAGUUUAUUCGCUCAACACAGAAGCAUACAAAUGCAGAUGCACCAGGAAAGGCCCCAAGAUACGAUACAAGGACGUGCAAAAACUUGAAAUUAAGCCUAAGCAUCCUUUCUGCCAGGAGAAGAUGAUAUUCGUCACCAUGGAGAAUGUGUCCCGUUUCAAAGGUCAGGAAUACUGCCUGCACCCCAGACUGCAGAGCACCAAGAACCUGGUCAAAUGGUUUAAGAUCAUGAAGGACAAGCACAAGGUGUACGAAGCCUAAAAUGCCAUAGUGUGAAGAGUUGAAAUUUCUGUGGAAUGUACAAAACCAGCAGUGCACGAGUGGAUCAGCAGAGGACCAAUUUUCCAAGAAUCGCGAGGCAUUUGCUCAGACAAGCUUACCAAGCACAAGACCUUUUCUUCAGGAACAAUGUCUAGGAACACACUUGUACAAAAAAAAAAAAAAAUCUUACUUACAUUUCAAACCGUAAUUGUGGUCCAAAACAAGCACUAUGUAUUUAUUCCAAGUGUUAGACUUGCAAAAAAAAAAAAAAGACUGUCUGUGUGAAUCAGAUUUAGAUGUGAGUGAUCACUACCUUUUCAGGUGGAAUGUUUUUGAUCCCCUGAUGUAGGCUUCUCAUUUAUUUUUGGUCUGAUUCAUCGUGUUGUGGUAUGUAAAAGGAUUCUGCCACUAAUGUUAUUUAACUACCUGCGAGAAGCCAUACAAUAGUGUACAGUAGUGUGCUGUCCAGAUGGUUUAGACAACAUAGAGAUCUAAAGGGGUUUUCAGUUUCCCAGUCGUUGUCCAUACGUGAAUACAGACCAUAUUUUAUUUUGAUAUCUCAGUAAAGCUAGUUUCAUAUGUGGUGAUAUAGAGCACAAUCAUAUUUGAAAAGAGAUUAUGUCUGUAAAUAAAUAUCUUGUAACUGUUUACUGUGUGCCAUACCACCAUACAGCAGGUAAAAUGAGUCAAAAAGGAAUUGUGAGCAAAGCAAAUAGAUUUAGUUAGGACUGCCAAGAGUGUGCUCAUCUAGGCAGAUCUGCUAAACAUUUAUCUUCCUGAAUAUCUCUGCACAGCUACAUACUAUAGAGAGUUAUUUAAAACCUCAUAGAGUUCACCUACAAUAUCUGAGGCAUCAUACCACUCCAUUCCUUCCUCCAAACACUGUUGAGGUUUAACCUCUCCGUGCACGUUUCCAAAAUAUGAGCAUGUGAAAACUGAGGCCUACAGUAAGUCAGUUUGUUUACCUAAACCUUUGUAUUCAAUCCUAGCCCAUCAUACCUUUUCCACCACCACUAUUCCAUAGUCUACAUGGGCCUCUUCUCUAAGGUUUUUAUUACUCAGGCUUAUUUGAUAUGACAAGUCUGGUAGUUUAUUUCCACUUAAUGGAACAUCAUGUAAAUCAUAUGUAUGAGAAGUGUGUAUCUUGUAAAUACAGAACAUUUGGCCUAGGUGAUUUGUUUAGAAUUUCAUAGUAGAAUUAUUCAGUAUGUUGUAUUAUAAAGCUGUUUCACUAUUUAAAUAUACAAUAACAGAAAUAUUUCAGCCUUCGUGUUUGGGUUUACCCACCAAACACUGCUUCAGUUGCAUUCCAAGGAGUGUAAUGUACAAGCACAGCAAUAAAACUAUUUAAAUGA